GUCGCCAGUUACUGGGUGGCCGCCUCGCUGCGACCAAGCCUCCGAGCCGCCUGCGCCGGCACCACACGCCACCAGGUUCGCUGACCCCGUCUCCGCGGGUGCUCUCUUCUGGAAUCUGCUCUGGCGCCUCUCUCGAGAGAAGUGAACAGUCUCCACCAGCAGCAGGAGCUCAUCUGUGAUCGUGUGCUCACACCUGUUCUCGCCGAAAACGCGCCGCGGCCGGUGUGAAAGUGCUCGAGUUUCAAGUGGUAACCAGUCAGUGAAACUGUGGUAAUCGGGAAAGGCCAGUGUCGGUUGGGCCAGACAGUCUCUCGUUUGUGGAAUGUCUGUAGGCAAAGUGAGCUCCUGACACUGAGCAGUUUCCUCCCUCUCAACAGUGCACAGAAACGCAAAAGAUCUUUACAAUGGAAGAAGUAGUGGCUAGAUCCAGCAGCAUCCCUCCACCGCUGCCGCCCAAGACGCGCAACAGGACGCAGCAGCUGUCCAACUCGUCCAACAGCAGCAGCAGCAGUGGCGAGAUCCUCACCACGUUCACUUUCCCCGAAAUGCGCAGCGUAAACCUGGUCUCCACCGCGCAGCAGCAGCAACAGCAACAGAUACAAGAGCAGCAGCAGCCGCAGGGGCACGUCGUGAAAAUACGCAUCAAUCCGGAGCAGGAGUCUGUGGACUACGCGCCUACAGACGGCUGCAUAAGGAUCAGUGUGAACGGGACCAGCUCGCACCACCACCACGAGACAGUCAUAGACACCUCUGUCGGCAGCGGCGACGACGCGAUACUGCGCCGCAGCACCGGCGAGAAAUCGUCGGCGACAGUGGUGACUGCGCCGACGCCCGACCGCGGGCCCGGGGCGCCGUACUACUUUUACAACUCGUUCCCGUCGGCCAGCAUGGUGAUAUCGAGCGGCCAGUCUUCUCCCAGCGACACGCUGGACAGCGGCACCUGCAGCGACCUGGACGGCAGCACGCCGCCACCGCUCCCCAAGAAGACCUCCGGAUCGUCGCCGCCACCCCCGAGACCGGUCGCCGCGGUCGUCAAUACUUCCGCAGCUCCGGGCGGUUCCACCGUGGUCGGGAACACAGUUACCGUCACCGUGAACGGCGGUGUCAGCGCCAGCACUUCUGCGCUCACCGCCUUCCACCAGCGCAACGGCAGCCUCACCAGCAGCGGCGCCGAGGUGGACUCUGAGGACGAGGAAGUGGACGACGACCGCAUCAGCUGCGACUCACUCAACAGCCGCGAGCUGUCGUCGCUCUCCGUCAUCUCCACGACCGCCACCAACGAUAGCGGCAUUGUGCUCUCGCUGGGGGCUUCCGUCGAUAAGAUAACAGUGAACGCGCAGGAUUGCAGCCCGUCUCUGACAGAUAGCGGCAUCGAACGCGACGCGCCUCCGCCUCCACCGCCAGUCGCCGGCAUGCCCGUGUCCACGUCGCCGCCGCCUCCACCGCCGCCCCCAGUGGCAGAGGUCUCUCCGGCCACUCCGACGCCCCCUGCCAAGAGGCAGCGUCCGGAAGGCGGCUGCAUCUUGCCACAGAGCUUGCUGAACGAUAUCCGCGAGCGCUCUGCCAAGCUGAAUAGCGUGACCAACGGCAGCAGCCAUGGCAGUGGCUCUCUCAAGAAAAAGGUCACCAGGACCUGGAAGGACGCGACGCCAGCCUCUUCGCCCUCCACUGAGGAGGAAAAGGCGGCGGUACAGCCGAAGCUCAAACCGCUGAGCAUCGUCCCCAUCUACGACGACUCGACGCCAGUGAAGAAGCCGGCACUGGGAGCCACCCCAGAGGCUGAGGAAUCCGAGACCGACGGGACACCCCAACAGGUGGUACAACCUCAGCAGCAGCCGCCUCCGCCAGUGCCGAAAAAGCCGACGCCGAGUCACGCCCAACAGAACGGCGUCGACCAGAAGCCAGCACCCCUUACGAAGAAUGUAGUGAUAGUGGAACGUAAUUCGCCAACAUCGGACAAGAAGAUAAAUUGCGUGGUCCAGGAACGCACGUACGAAGACCGCAAGAAAGAGUGGGAAGAGAAGCAGCAGCAGCUGGCGCGUCAACAACAGCUCGCGGCAAUUCGCGGGUCCUUCAAAUACGAGGCUGACCGGUUCUACAAUUUCCACCUGAACGAGCACGCGCCCGACGACAGUGUCAUCGUUCCCACAUCGCCCACUACGCCAACGGGCAGACGCGACUCCAUCAGCUCCAACUGCUCCUCCGUUUUGUUGCAAGAUGACGGCCUGCCCGACGCUGAAGAGACGUUCGCCGGCCUGAAGAACAUCAGCGCCUCGUCGACCAUCCGCAGCGCCAAGGGCACGGUGCGUGGAGUGAAGAACCGGGUGCGCGCCGGCAUCGCCACCUUCCUCCAGAUACAAGACACCAAGAACUACAAGGAGAAGGAGGCCGGCAAGGUGGUGGUGUACACGACGACGAUGGGCGUGGUGCGCGAGACGUACCAGGCGUGCCUCAAGGUGCGCAACAUCCUGCGCACGCUGCUGGUGCGCUGCGAGGAGCGCGACGUCUUCAUGAGCCGUGAGGUGCAGACCGAGCUGCGGGAGCGCAUGCGCUGCGCCAGCGUCGUCGUGCCGCAGGUGUUCGUCGACGGCCAGCACCUGGGGGACGCCGAGACGAUCGAGAGGCUGAACGAGAGCGGGGAGCUGCGUAGAAUAAUGAAGCCGUUCAAGGACCCCACGGUGUGCCAUACGUGCCAGGUGUGCGGCGGCUUCCGGCUGCUGCCCUGCUCCGUCUGCAACGGCUCCAAGAAGUCGAUGCACCGCAACCACUUCACCUCCGAAUUCGUCGCGCUGAAGUGCAUGCACUGUGACGAGGUCGGCCUGGUGCGCUGCUACGCCUGCUCGUAAGCAGCGGCCCAACAAGACCACUGGCGUUCACGAGCGAGGGACUGGAACGCAUCGACCACCUAACACCUGGGUGCAUUCUACACGUGCUGCCCGAUAUCGACCAGCUGCGCGACGGGACACGCUUCGACGGGUCAUACCUAGAGGCCAUCGCUCCCAACACCUACUGCUUGUUGCUGUGCGGAAUUCUCUCUGUACUGGAUCUGGAACCGUUGUUUCGGUCCCUCUAAGGCGGAGGUGUGCUUCGUAGACGACUGGUUGUAGUACUUAAAGCUCACUUCCAGAUGACUGGGCAAAUGCCCCACUGUGAAUCCGUCUCACGUGCGAAGAGUUUCUGUCUCACGACUGAAUUUCUCUACUGCUGAGUGCUAUCAGAGAAUGACCGAGAACUCAUUUUGCUGCCCACAACAAGCCGUGACUCAUUGAAUUCACUUGCUUCGGAUAAGUCCGCAAUUUUCUAAGUAGCUGCGAUACAUAUUGUCAGAAUUCUCAACUAUUGAUCGAUGUUCGCGACAUGGUAUGGUCGCUUUAGUUUAUGGAGAAAAUUAAGCUCAAUAUAACGGAUACUUCCUGUUUCUUACAUUAAUCCCGUUUUCAUCAUUGGGCAGUGCUACAUUGUGCAGUAUUUACAUGCGAGAGAAGCUGCUUGGUGUACAAGGAAAAUGUGAAACUGAAACAUUUUCAUUCCAGAUUAAUAUAUUGAAUGUGUCGUAAAUGCUGUUAUUUCUAUUUUUAAGCAAAUUUUGUUGGAUGUGGUUCUGUUGUCGGCCACUAUGUAUCAGCUGUACUUAAAGACACUAAGAUCGUUACUUGGUUAAACAACAAGGGAGGUGCAUAUUCAUCACGAAGAAGAAUCAGAUAUGAUCCUAUAAUUCAGUAGUUAAGUCUUUAAUAAGGGUUUUAUGGGGAUCUGAGUCAUUUAGAGGUUGUUUUAGUAUUUUAAGUUCCCGUGAAGACAUCCCUACGUGGUUUCUGUUGCUGGAGAUUGAAUGAAGGACACCAGUCAAAUACUUUUGGCUUCUUUGAUAACAUAGGAGAAAACUGUCAGGAGCCACUUAUAAGGACUGCGCCAAAAAUUGCAAAAAUUGUAGUUAUUAUGUCACCUCUUUCAUUUGUAGGCCUAAUUAAUCUUCUCAACCGAGCAUCGAAUAUGUAUCACAUGGAGGAAACUGAUACAGAAGUACCUCGUGAGUACUUCGAAAGUUUCGAAUUGUGUCAGAUAUCCUCUGAAGUACUGUAUGAAAAAGAAUGCAAUGUCACUUGAAGACUAACCCUGAAGAAUAACUUGGCUGAAUGAUGAUUUUCACCGUUAUCCAAUUCUCUAAAUUCCGAAGUGCUUACUUAAUACACUCCACCACUCUAGUAUCAUUUCUUCUUUCAAUCUACUUGCCAAGUUUUUAACGGACACUGUUUUAAUAGCAUUACUUUUAUCAGGGCUGAAGUCAUGCACCUGAUGGUGAGAUCUCAUUUUCUUUUUACGGGAAAUGAUUUGGGGAUUUUCGAAGGUGAUCGACACUUCUGCGUAAUAGCUCUUCACCAGCAUUUAUCAUCACCGGAGUCGAUGUGUUUUUAUAUAGCCAUUGCGUCUCCUAUUUUUGCAAAAGGCUGCACUCCACCAGAAGCUCGUCAGAUCACACACAAUUCUUGUCCUCACUGCUUAUGGGUCUCUUCAGAACAGAAAUCCUUUUAAUGCACUUUUGACGAAAUAGAUGUGUAAAUAAAAAAUUAAAUGAGUCAAGAAUGAUGACUGAUGCGUUACUUUGAUUGUUUGGAUUACUUAAUCUGUUCUGGAUGUAGUGCUCAACAUUGUUUCACUUAGGUAACCAGGCCAUAUUUCAUUUAUGAAAAUUUGAAAUACACUCUUAAGGGAAUACAGUUCAUUAUGUAUCAUACUGUAACGAGGACAUCAAAACUACCGAAAUUUCGUAGUGAGAAGCUGUGAAGUUUAAUUUAAAGGAGCUAUCGAAAGUAAUAAAAAUCAUGAAUGUGUUUUACUAAUACAUUAUACAUGUAAUUGAUGUCAACAGAGGCGACUAUUUUGAUUAGAAACGAGAAUAUUUGCUCAAGAACUGAACAUUGUACAAUUUGUGCAGACACGAAUGUAGACCUUAGUAGAAAAGGAUAUUCACAUAUGUACUUACAUUGUAAUUAUGUAAUAACGCUAUGAAUAAUGGUGCUCUAAAUUAUAAUUUAGUUUAGAAUUUAGGCAUAACGCACUGGCGCUAGCGAGUGAAGGUGCUUAUUUCUACGCAGCAGUGAAGCAUGUAACUCAUGGUGUUCUUUUGUUAUGUUAUUUUUCUUUUCUUUUCUUUCUCAUAGAGAUAAGCAGUUUAUUUUCUUUGUUGAACUGCAAAACUUCAUCCUAAUAUAUAAGCAAGAUUUACGACAGUGUUUCCAGACUCUAUGAGUCUGAUUAAGAAAGCAUCCUGUUAGCUCGAAACGAGGUUAAGCCCAACGGAACUGAUAUGAAUAGCAAUUGCUAUGCACAGAUGUGUUUCACCAGAGACUUUAUUUUACUAGACCAAGAGCCUCGGACUAUUUUGUACCUCCAUCAUCAAGUAGAGUCAAUCAAUGUAGAUUUGCUUGAGUGCUGAACUAUCUGUAUUACGAAACGAGGACAAUGUGGUUACAAUACGUGUCAAUCGCAAAUUAUGCAGUGUUGCGAGAAUCCCAACAGCACUGUUGGACAGCUUUUGGUUGUCAGUGGCUACUUCCCAAAAUCGUACAUUCUGUUCAAUAUUACUUAUAAACAUAUGUGUCUUUCCAUCAAUAUCACCUCUCUCUUUCUACCUCUCACUCUAUUUCUGUAUUCGUUAUCACACAUGUAAACGCAUAGCGAAAGAGUUGGCUACUGAAAGUGAUAACCCACAUAUUUUGUAAAUAUGAUGUCACAGAUACAUUGUGAUUUGGGAAUAUUUCCCUUCCAGCUGGAGAAACUUAAUGUCUGUGUAGUUCUUACCACACGUGCCACAGGUGGCAAGAGAGUUCAGAAGUAUGGAGUUUGGGUACUUGGUGAUAAUAGAUAGAUUCCAUCAUAAUUAACAGCAAGAACAGACUCGGCUGAAAAUAUAUCAUAAUAGAAGCAAAAACGUUCCAGUAAACACGUGUCUCCAAACAAGAUGUUUGUUUAGAUCGCUGUUGAAAUUUGGUAUACAGCCACCGCAGACUUCAGUAUGAAAUAUAUUCUAGUUAGUAGAAAUACAAGGUGAUACAGCUACCCCGAUCUAUUGCUUUUAUGCAACUCGCUUCAACUUGGAAAACCACGCAGGAGAUUUUCAUAUUGUCUCGCUCACGUGUGAACUAUUAGUCCUAAACAAAAAGAUGAAAAUGACAUUUUUGUCUAAGAAAUUUAAUGUAGUUAAGCAGGUUUUGGGUUGCAUAAAACCUAUAAGUGCGGGUAGCUAAGUCACUUGUAUGUUAGAAAUGUAGAGUUUCCGGUUAAAUCCUCAUAUAAGUGGGCUUGAAAUUCACCCAUGGGAUAUCUUAACAAGUCAUACAAUACUACUUCAUCAUUUUCGAUGGUACAAUGUACUGUGGACUACUUCUAUCUAUUGAAGCAGCUGUUCCAGGUAUCGCGCUCGCGUUUGGAAGCAAUAGGAUACAAUUGUUUGCAAUGAGCUACACUCACCCGCAAAUUAUCUCGCACAGUGCACGAUUCGUUGCGUCGGUUCUCCAAUCGUACCACGGGGAGUGCUGUGCACUUCACUUGUCUGCUGACCGUAAAACAAAACGAAAAAUAGUGAGAUCAGGUGAUCACAGAGGCCAAAGUAUACAGGUACUGCACGACCUGUACAUCUUGGACAAGUUUGAAGUGUUAGAGUCAUCGGCAGCAAAAUGUUCAAGUGCAUGCAUGUACCUUAUUUUCUAACCACAGGCCACGGUUGUAAUUUGAGCCUAAUUUGGUGGUUACUUAAUCGAAAAUUUUACAAAUUACGUUUAUUCUAAAAAGCGCAAUAUUUCAUACUGAAGCCAAAGGCGGCAGGUGACGACUAUUCGUAGUUACUUCACAGUGGCUCGCUUGGGGAUCUAAGAAUAAUGGCACGUUUUUGCUUUUACUAUCGUGUGGUUGCACGUGAGUCAGUUUCACAUUAAUUUGAAUACAUCUUGUAUACAUAUUUUGUUUUUCUGCACUCUUCCCCUAUCUCUCAUUUUGUUUUUUGUUCCCCUUUAUCAGCUGCCUGCAUACUUAGCUUCGAGCGCCGUCAAUGAUACCGAACUAUAUCUAUAGCUGCUCUGCAAGAUAUGGAAAUGGUAUGUCCCUUAAAACUACAAAAGACGCUCCUAGAUGGAAUGCCUUGGCUAAUAAAGAUUUCAGCUUCGGGCUACGGCCGUCAGCAGAGCAGCAGACGUUUGAUGGCCCUACUCGUGCAGCUGAUUGCUUAAGCUGGCUAGGGUAACUCCAGCAGAGCCGCUUCUGCGCCUGCGCGUCAGAAUGCCAGCCGGCAGCUCACCGGUUCGGAGAUUACGGAAAUCUUGUUACUCAGAUGGAACGCAUUACGCGGCUAAAAGGAAAUUACGUGCGAAUAAAGUGGCCGUUGUGAAACAAGAGACCCACGUCCCGAAACCGUAUCAGCGGCGCUCCGACCAGCGAGUAACUGCCAACUGCUGUGUUUUCUGCUCCGUUUCUGCUCUUCUGUAAUUUGUUUAAUGACUAAAGCUGAUGUAUAAUGAAUUAUGUAAAUAAAGAGAUGUUUACUUUA